CAGGGAAAAUAAAUUUAAUGUUUGCCCAUCACUUCGCCGGCCGCUCCACCUUUACACCAUUGCUGAUGCUAUUCACAAGUCGCUUACUAUCAAAAUGGCCGCCGACGACACACCACCUGUCCCUGCGCCAGCAGCCGCUGCUGACUCUGUGGUUGAAACCACAAACGCCGACUCCAACAAUGUGGCGGACAAUGGCGACCGAAGCGACAGAGGCCAAAAGAGAGGACGAGGCCGGGACAACAGAAACCCAAACCGGGACAGGAACAACCCCAACAACAUCAAGACGGGCGGCUUUGGGAGCAACAAAAGAGACUUCCAGAGCAAGCGCGACCAGGUCCAAGACAACCGUGCUGCCAAGCGCCGCAAGGUGAUUGACGGAGCCGCCGACGGCAACAGUUACAUGAGCAUCCCCUUCUCAACCGACGAAAUCGCCGCCGAGGAACGUCGACCCAAGCGCAAGGUUGCCGUCUUAAUUGGCUACGCUGGUACCGGUUACCACGGCAUCCAGAUCAACCACAAGGAAAAGACCAUCGAGGGCGACCUGUUCGCCGCCUUCGUCAAGGCCGGCGCCAUCUCCAAGGCCAAUGCCGACGACCCCAAGAAGUCCAGUCUCGUUCGAUGCGCUCGUACCGACAAGGGUGUCCACGCCGCCGCCAACGUCCUGUCACUCAAGCUUAUCGUCGAGGACGAGGACAUUGUCGACAAGAUCAACAGCCACCUGCCCGACCAGAUCAAAGUAUGGGGCAUCCAGCGUGUUACCAACGGUUUCAGUUGCUACCAAGCAUGCGAUUCCAGAUGGUACGAGUACCUCAUGCCCAGCUACGCUCUUCUGCCACCACAGCCCCAAAGUUUCCUCGGCAAGAAGAUCAUUGAUGCGGCCAAGGAAAAGGGUACAUACAACGAGUACAUGGACCGACUGGACGAUGUCAAGAACUUUUGGGAGGAGGUUGAGAAGAACGACAUCCAGCCCAUUCUCGAAAAGAUGGAUCCCGAGAUCAGAGCCGAAGUCAUUCGCAUUCUGCACGACACCGCCGACCAAGAACUCACCGACGACGGAGAGCCCUCGAAGCCAAAUACCGAUGUAACCAAGGAUGUCGAGAUGAAGGAUACCCCGGCGGAAGAGACCGCGGCCACUGAGCCCUCAAAAGACGGCGAGGUUGUUACCACCGAGGCCACCACCGAGGCCACCACCACCGAGACCCAACCCCCCGCCGCCAAAGUCGAAAGAGAGUUCACCCCCGUCGAGCUCGCCGUCCGUGAAGUCAAAGCCGCCUACGUCGCCGCCAAGCGUCGCUACCGCGUGACCGCACCGCGCCUCGAAAAGCUGCAAGAAGCGCUCAACCAAUACCUCGGCACGCACAACUUCCACAACUACACCAUUCUCAAGUCGCACACCGAUCCCUCGGCCCGUCGUCAUAUCAAGUCUUUUCAAGUCAACCCGACGCCCAUCCGCAUCAACGACACCGAGUGGCUUUCUCUCAAGGUGCACGGCCAGAGCUUCAUGAUGCACCAGAUUCGCAAGAUGGUAGCCAUGGCCGUCUUGAUCGUACGGUGCGGCGCGCCCAUGAGUCUCGUCAAUGAGAGCUACGGGCCCCGCAGGAUUUCUAUUCCCAAGGCGCCUGGUCUGGGUCUCAUGUUGGAGAGGCCGGUGUUUGAUGUGAGCAACAAGAAGUUCAAGGAGUUGGGUAAGGAGCCGAUUGAUUUUGGCAAGUGGGAUAAGGAGAUUCAGGCGUUCAAGGAUGAGCAUAUCUACAAGAGGAUGUUUGAGUUGGAGGAGAAGGAGAAUUCGUUCCACCUCUUUUUCAACCAGAUCGAUAACUUCCGCACGGAUUACUUCCUCUGGGUCACCCCGGGCGGAAUCGAGGCGUCGCACGAGCGGUCGGAUCGCACGGCCGAAAAGAUACCCAAGGCUUUGCAGGCUGAGCUUGGAGAUGAGGCUGAUGGUGUUGCGGAGGACGGUUCAUCGAAUUGAUGGUCCUAACUGUGUGAGGGUGACUAGGGAGUGCGGAUAACCAAAAAAAAUACCAUUUCGUUGCAACUAGAAGCUUGCAUGGUAUAGUGUACGAGUUUACCACAGGGAUUCUAUAUGCCAUCUGUUGGGUGUAGAGCGGUU